UCAUGUUAUUUUGGAAAGGCAAGUCCAUUGCUGUCUUUGAAAGCAACGAUAAUUGAUUUCUCCGUUCCUCCUGCAAUGAAGACAGACAAGUUUUUGCUAAAAACAACCAGUAGACACCUCCCACUCAGCCCCUGAUCCCUCAGAGCCCUUUUCCAAAAGGAACCAAAAGCAUCAUGCUGGGAAGGAGAUCCCCUCCAGCUCUCCCCAGCCAACAACAGGGCACACAACCCCAAAACAGAUGGUCUAGGGGAGAUCAGCCCCCAUUUUUUCACCGUGUAACACAACUUAUCUCCAGACCAGGUGGUCCUGGGGACAUCAGCCCCUAUUUUUUUUGCCAUUCAGUGUGCUCAACCCUAGAUUUCCCCUCACUUCAGUGCAGGGAAGCUUGCUCCAACGGGUGAGCUUGGCAUAGGGAACAGGAUCUCCUGGGGCUCUGGGAGCUUCGUGCCGCGUCCUGCUCGUGCCGAUCCCGUCCAGUUCUCCUUUGGUGACUCAGGGCUCUGAGGGCGGGGGGAGCUCCCUCUCUCCGUUACUUUCUUGCCUGCAAACAAUGCAUUUUUCAGCGCCUCACCGUAGCCUAGGUGUGUUUGACAAGGCAAGUUGCUGCAAGGCACGUCAAGUUCUGAAUCCCCGUGCCAAGUUUUCCAAGCAGAUAAAAGAGGAGGCUCCCAGGCUCUCCCAUCACAGGGGUUUCUGUCUCCGUUGCCCUCUGCUGCUUUCCUGCUGCUCAGCUUCUAUCACCAGCUCUUUUCCCCGUUCCUGCUCUUUGUGUUUCCAACUGCACGAGCCAUGAGCCGGAUCUCUUACAGAUCUUCCACUGGAGGGGGCAUGAGGGGCUUUAGCUCAGGGUCGGCUAUUGUGGGAGGUGGCAGUGGCACACGGAGCAGCUUCAGCUCCGUCUCUGUCUCCAGAGUUGGAGGAGGAAGAGCUGGAGGCGGAGGAGGAUUCGGAGCCGGCGGCGGCUUCGGCAGCAGAAGUCUCUAUAACCUGGGUGGAAGCAAGAGAAUCUCCUACAGCUCGGUCGGCGGAGGGCUGCGGAGUGGAGUCGGCGCUGGAUACGGCUUUGGUGGAGGAGCCGGCUUUGGUCUGGGCUAUGGUGGCGGAGCAGGCGCUGCUUUGGGCUUAGGAGGAGCUGGUGGCGGUGGUGGCUACGGGCUGGGUGGAUUUGGGAUGGGAGGUCCCGGAUUUGGUGGUCGCGGCGGCCCCGGGUUCCCCGUUUGCCCACCCGGUGGCAUCCAUGAAGUGACCGUCAACCAGAGCCUGCUAGCACCCCUCAAGCUGGACAUUGACCCCGAGAUCCAGAAGGUGCGGACACAGGAGCGGGAGCAGAUCAAGACCCUCAACAACAAAUUCGCCUCCUUCAUCGACAAGGUGCGGUUCCUGGAGCAGCAGAACAAAGUGCUGGAGACCAAAUGGAGCCUCCUGCAAGAGCAGGGCCACACGGUCACCAGGAAGUCCCUGGAGCCCCUCUUUGAGACCUACAUCAACAACCUGAGGCGGCAGCUGGACAGCCUGAUGGGGGAGAGAGGGCGGCUGGACUCGGAGCUGCGGAGCAUGCAGGACAUGGUGGAGGACUUCAAGAACAAGUAUGAGGAUGAGAUCAACCGGCGCACGGGUGCAGAGAAUGAGUUCGUGGUGCUCAAGAAGGAUGUGGACGGUGCUUACAUGAACAAGGUGGAGCUGCAGGCCAAAGCAGACGGGCUGGCAGACGAGAUCAACUUCCUGAGGGCUCUGUAUGAAGCGGAAUUGUCCCAGAUGCAGCAGCAAGUGUCUGACACCUCCGUGGUGCUGUCCAUGGACAACAACCGCAGCCUGGACCUCAACAGCAUCAUCGCGGAGGUGAAGGCGCAGUACGAGGACAUCGCCAACCGCAGCCGGGCUGAGGCAGAGGCUUGGUACCAGAACAAGUACGAGGAGCUGCAGGUCUCAGCUGGGCGCCAUGGGGAUGACCUCAGGAACACCAAGAUGGAGAUCUCAGAGAUCAACCGGAUGGUGCAGCGGCUGCGCAACGAGAUCGAGAGCGUGAAGAAACAGUGUGCCAGCCUCCAAGCAGCCAUCGCGGAGGCGGAGGAGCGUGGGGAGAUGGCCUUGAAGGAUGCCAAAUCCAAACUGGCCGAGCUGGAGGAUGCCCUGCAGAAAGCCAAGGCAGACCUGGCCCGGCAGCUGCGUGAGUACCAGGAGCUGAUGAACGUCAAGCUGGCCCUGGACAUUGAGAUUGCAACUUACAGGAAGCUGCUGGAGGGCGAGGAGAGCAGGCUCGCCGGAGAGGGUGUUGGAGCCGUGAGCGUCUCUGUAGUGAGCAGCUCCAGCGGGAUGGGCUACGGCGGCGGCAUGAGCAGUAUGGGCGGAGGUCUCGGUAUGGGCAGUGGCCUUGGUAUGGGCUGUGGUCUCGGCGUGAGCAGUGGUCUCAGCAUGGGAGGCGGCGGCAGCUACACCAUGAGCAGCAGCAGUGGAGGUGGAGGAUUCGGGGGCGGGAGCGGAGGCUUCGGUUACGGCGGAGGCAGCAACUUCAGCUCCAGCAGCGGCCGAGGGGUCAGCUCCAGCACUGGGGGCAGCGUGCGGAUCGUUUCCAAGACCACCACCAGCAAAAAGACCAUCAGAUAAGGAUGGUUCUGGCCAACGGUGUGUUUCCCGCCUUCCGAAAGCAACAUGCUGCCUUACCAAUCAGUGCUGUACAUAGCUGCGCUGCGCCCUCUCCUCCCUCCGUCCUUUGCCAGCCUCUCUCGGGGUACUGUGGGGAGACCAGGACCCCACCGUGAGAAUCUGGAGCACCUUUGGCCAAAGCAUAGGUUGUAGCAGGUCACCAAUGGGGCUUUGGGAGCCAGCACAGUCCCCAGUGCCAGCCCUCCUCCAGUCCUCCCCAUGAGGUCACGCAUUAAAGGCAAAGCAUUUAAAGCACUUUGCUGAAUGGGGAGAGGCCACAUGCAUUCGUUUUAUUCACCCCACAACAAGGGGACAGCCCUGUGAAACCUCAGCCCCAGGUCCUCAGCAAGGACAGGAGCUCCAAGAGGCUCUGCAAGCCCCUGCUUACAUCACAUGUUACAACCUCCAAACCUUUCAGCUGCAAUUAAAAGGUUUUUCCAGCCCCUUCUAUUCUCUCAGGAACCCAGGGGAAAGGUUACUGCUUUCUGUGUACAAGAAUUGCCACUGAUCUCCAACUUCUUGUCCCCAUGGCUAUACCCUUUUCAUUUCCUACCACACUGUAUUGUCCAAUAAAGAGCAUCUGUCAUUUUUAAAAACUGCUGCUUUUUGGCUCUUCAUUCUUUGCUGGGAAUUGGUUUGGAGACAAGAAGGCUCCGUGGAGGCAGAUCUCACUGCAGCCUUCCAGUACUUAAAUUGAGCUUACAAACAGGAGGAGAGUGACUUUAUGCAAGGGCAGAUAGUGAUAGGACAAAUUAAAAGACUGGAGAUUUGGGUGAGAUGUGACUCCAACUCAAGAAUUCUGUGAUUCUGUGACUCUAUGACCACUACCUUGAGCUCAGAGCUAGGACUCAGACUCCAGCAUGGCUCUGGGGAGAGUGGGCUGGGCAGAGAACCAAGGCACAGGGAGGGCAAGCUGCCUCUGAGCAAGCCAAAAGCUGGAGGAACCCCAUCAUGGGGCUGUCCUUUCUGCUCAUCCCUGCAGGAGUGAGAAAACACAGCAGAUGGGGAAAGGAAGGCAAUUGCCAAAGGCUUGGCCAAGAUCCUUGAGUUACUAUGGGCGUGGCAUGGAGAAAAACUUACAGCAGAGGAGCCCAGUGCUGGCAUCAGGACCACAGCCAGGACACCAAGAACUGCACUGGGGGGUGGGGAGCUCUGCACUGAGCCCCCAGGAGGGGAAGGAAAUGUCACCCCUAAGGGAGGAGGGCAGUACCAGCAAAGAGGGGCAGGAACAGGGCAGAGCAUCUGGUAUCCCACUGCGUGCUUGCACGUGGAGUUUUCCCUUGCACUCCGAUAUCUCGCUAAAUGCUGCUCUGGAAGGGCUGUUCUGGGGCCUCAGCUUCAUUCUGAGUGAACCUGAGGUCUUCCUGCAGCACCUGGCAGUCCCA